AACUAUGUGCCUGUCUGGACACGCCCCCUGCUGACUGCUCCUGUGGCUCCUCCCACAGGCCCCUGUAUAAAGGCGAUCUGAGGCCUGACGCUCGGCCUCAGUCUCCAGGACAUGGUCCUGGUUCCUUCUUCCAGUCAAUAAAAGCCGAUAUCUCGCCUUACGUCUCAGUGUGAGUUAUUGAUGGUGCAUCAAUUUUAUUGACUGGAAGUUUUAAAACAUGGAAACCGUUUUGCGUCCGGAAAGGUUGGAUUUGGACCCUCAAGACCCUGACGCAGUUCUCGCUUUUGAACACUGGCUUGCAUGUUUCCAAUCGUACUUGGAGGAGGUUCGUGCAACUGAACCCGCCGUUAUGCACAGAAUCCUACUCUCGAGGGUCACCGCCAAAGUUUACUCCAUUAUCCGGGACCUGCCGACCUAUGAUGGGGCACUGGAUGCCCUCAAAAGACAGUACCUGCGGCCGGUGAACACCAUCUACGCAAGACAUCGUUUAGCUACCUGGCAACAGCGGCCUGGAGAAUCGAGCGCCGAGUUUCUCCGAGCACUACAGACACUCGUCCGACCUUGUGACUGCAAGACGCUCACGGCAGAACAGCAUGCGGAGCUGCUGGUGCGAGACGCCUUUGUGACGGGACUGAGGAAGUCUGUCACUGGGACCACCCUACCAGUUUGGCUGACGUCCCCGGGGCCAGUGCUGCUCCGGAAACAUGUGAGGAGCAAUAAAUACUCCCCGCUGGUAGAGAGGGUUCACCUUAUACAUGCGAACCCACAGUAUGCUUACGUGGUCCUACCUGAUGGGUGGGAGGACACGGUCUCCAUCCGCGACCUGGCACCCGCAGGUGCAGCAGACCACUACCCAGAAGGCUCUCCGGUAACUAUGAACACUGCACCAGAGGUGACACCGUACUCACCAGGCCCUACACAGACUCCUCACGACACUUGUAUACCUGGCGUUUCAUACGCAUUUAUACCAGGCGCCUCGCACAUGCGUGAGGGAUCACCGGCGCCUAGUGGGCAGGAACAAGCGCAACCUCCGUCUCCUGUGCAAUCACCAAUGUCGCCUGCAUCCAUGCGAUCACAGCUGGUGCUACGUAGAUCGCAGCGACAGAUUCGAGCACCUGAUAGACUUGACUUGUAAGAAACUUCGCCACAUGGGGACUCUUUCAAACAAAGGGGGGGUGAAUGUGGUGAACUAUGUGCCUGUCUGGACAUGCCCCUGCUGACUGCUCCUGUGGCUCCUCCCACAGGCCCCUGUAUAAAGGAGACCUGCGGCCUGACGCUCGGCCUCAGUCUCCAGGACAUAGUAUGAUGGACACUCACUCCUGGUUCCUUCUUCCAGUCAAUAAAAGACGAUAUCUUGCCUUA